UCCGCCUCCUCCAACCUCCCCCACCCAAUUCGAUCGCCCCAGAUCUCCCCGCCCCGCCACGCCAUGCCGCCGGCGGCCGACCCCCCCGCGGCGCUCCCGCUCACCCUCGACCUCGAGGACUUCAAGGGGGACUUCUCGUUCGACGCGCUGUUCGGGGGCCUGGUGGACGAGCUGCUGCCCGAGUUCCGCGGGGACGACGCGCCCGGGGCGCCGCCGCCGCCGCCUCCCGUGCUCGGGGCCGCGCCGCCCGUCUUCCCGGCCGUCGACGAGCUGCUCGGCCUCUUCAAGCACUCCUGCAAGGAGCUCGUCGACCUCCGCCGCCAGAUUGACAAAAGGCUCCAGAAUCUCAAGAAGGAGGUGGCCACGCAGGACGCCAAGCAUCGCAAGACGCUCGGGGAGCUUGAGAAAGGUGUGGAUGGUUUAUUUGAUAGCUUUGCUAGGUUAGAUACCCGUAUUUCUAGUGUUGGCCAAACAGCUGCAAAAAUUGGUGACCAUUUACAGAGUGCAGAAUCACAGAGAGAAACUGCUAGUCAGACAAUAGAUCUCAUCAAGUAUUUGAUGGAGUUCAACAGCACGCCAGGGGAUCUCAUGGAACUUUCUCCUUUAUUUUCUGACGACAGUCGUGUCGCUGAGGCAGCUUCAAUUGCACAGAAAUUGCGUUCAUUUGCCGAGGAGGACGUAGGCAGACAUGGUGUAACACCAGCUGUUGGUUCUGCUAAUGCAAGCCGUGGUUUGGAGGUUGCUGUUGCAAAUCUUCAAGAAUAUUGUAAUGAAUUGGAGAAUAGAUUGUUAGCUCGGUUUGAUACUGCAUCACAGAGGCGGGAGUUGUCUACAAUGGCAGAAUGUGCUAAAAUUUUGUCACAGUUCAAUCGGGGUACCAGUGCAAUGCAACAUUACGUUACCACAAGGCCAAUGUUUAUUGACGUGGAAAUUAUGAACACCGAUAUUCAAGUUGUUCUUGGUGAUGAGGGGCCACAAGCUGAUUCCAUUAGUAUUGCAGAGGGUCUCUCUAUAUUGUACAAGGAAAUUGCAGAUACCGUGAGGAAAGAGGCAACUACAAUAAUGGCUGUAUUUCCUUCUCCAAAUGAGGUCAUGUCAAUUCUUGUGCAGCGAGUGCUUGAACAAAGGGUAACAGCAAUUCUUGAUAGGCUUCUGAUUAAGCCUUCUCUUGCUAGCUUGCCUCCUAUAGAAGAGGGUGGUCUUCUGCAAUACCUUAGAGUUCUGGCAGUAGCAUAUGACAAGACAAAAGAACUUGCUAAAGAGUUGCAAUCUAUUGGUUGUGGGGAUUUGGACAUCGAAGGUCUCACUGAAUCCAUAUAUGUUUCACACAAAGAUGAGUACACAGAAUUUGAACAAGCAUCACUCAGACAGCUAUAUCAAUCAAAGAUGGCUGAAUUGAGAGCUGAAGCCAAGCAACAAUCUGAGUCAACUGGCACGAUUGGGCGUUCAAAAGGAGGAUCUGCAACUACAUUACCACAGCAGCAGAUAUCGGUUACUGUAGUGACUGAAUUUGUUCGCUGGAAUGAGGAAGCAAUAUCCAGAUGCACGUUGUUGUUUUCUCAGCCUGCCACUGUUGCAGCUAAUGUAAGAUCCGUAUUUGCGUGCUUGCUUGAUCAAGUAAGCCAAUAUUUGACUGAAGGGCUUGACCGUGCCAGAGACAGUUUAAAUGAAGCAGCCGCUCAACGGGACAGAUACGUCAUUGGGACAAGUGUUAGUAGAAGGGUGGCUGCUGCUGCUGCUACUGCAGCAGAGGUUGCAGCUGCUCAAGGCGAGAAUAGCUUUAGAUGCUUCAUGAUUGCCGUGCAGCGUUGUGCUAGCAGUGUGGCUAUUCUUCAGCAGUACUUCUCAAAUACUAUAUCUCGGCUCCUGCUGCCUGUGGAUGGUGCCCAUCCCUCAGCUUGCGAAGACAUGGGAUCUGCAGUAUCUGUUGUUGAGGCUGCUGCCCACAAAGGACUGCUACUGUGCAUUGAUACCGUCAUGUCUGAGGUUGAAAGACUGUUGUCUACAGAACAGAAGACUACAGAUUAUCGGACACCAGAUGAUGGAGCUGCACCAGAUCAUCGGCCAACCAAUGCUUGCAUAAGAAUUGUGGCCUAUCUAUCUCGUGUUCUCGAGGUUGCAUUCAGUGCUCUAGAAGGUCUCAAUAAACAGUCCUUUUUGACUGAGCUGGGAAAUCGGUUGCAUAAGGGACUACUCAAUCAUUGGCAGAAAUUUACGUUUAGUCCCAGUGGUGGGUUACGGUUGAAACGUGACAUCACUGAAUAUGGGGAAUUUGUUCGUAGCUUUAAUGCCCCAUCGAUAGACGAAAAGUUUGAACUGCUUGGGAUCAUGGCCAAUGUAUUUAUUGUUGCUCCAGAAAGUCUAGCUUCCUUGUUUGAAGGAACCCCCAGUAUCCGAAAAGAUGCCUUGCGAUUCAUUCAACUCAGGGACGACUACAAGACAGCGAAAAUCGCUUCCAUGCUAAACAAUAUCAUGGCUGAAUAGUGCCACUUCAAGAAGCAUUUUUCAGGGGAGCAGCAGUUACACUUUCUGCUCCAUAUCGAGCGGCAAAGGCUAUUAAAUGAUUCAGGGUCCUCCCAACAUGAUUUUGACUUGACCAGUGAUGUCGCCUGUAUAGCACAGAUUCAUGAUUAUUUUAAUUCUUUGGGUUCUCUUUGUUCUUUUUUUUUUUUUUCUUUAUCUAUCCUCUUGGGCUUGCGUUGUACAUGUGGUAUUUAGUCUCUCAACAUGAGGACCUUUGUAGUACUACUAUGGCCACGUUCGGCAAGGCUAUAAGUUAACUUAUCUCUA